ACGGAGGGGUGUAUGUAUACUUGUGACAGGUUCUUUUAGGCUUUUUAAUGGCUUUGCCUAUACUGCAGUAUAAUGAGCUUUACUUUGAGAACUGAAGUAGACUUUAACUACCCUAGUUGGUUUUUUAUGCCUAACUUUGUUUACUAACAUCACCCAUGUAAAAAUAUUCAAUAAGAAGAGCAUUAUUGAAUGUAUUCUCGAAAAAACGAAAACGCAGUCUUGACCGUGAUUACCUCAUGCCAUAUUUUUUGCCGUUUUUAAAAAUAGGAGAAUGCGCUCUCGUCGACUACAUUAUAUACAAACCUAUCCAGAACAAAAAUCAAAAAAUGAUUAUGCUAAUUAUUGUCGAACAAUAAUAGAUCAAUAUCCAUUAUUGAAAUAUCAAAAAGUUGGAACUGGAAAAGCUGAAUAUAGUGAUUUAUCUGGUUUGUUAUCAGAAAGUGUUCGAAAUCGUCGUAGACGUACAAAGAAAAAAUUUAAGAAAACAGAUGAAGCAGAUAAAGAAAAUACAAUAUUGUCAACUACAAUACAUUUAACAACAAAUAAUUUACAAGAUGUUCAACAAAUUGAUUCAAUAGAUCCAUCAGAUACAAUAAUAACAACAAGAGUGGAUAGUCUUCCAUUAGAAGCAUUUAAUGAUGAUGUUAUGGAAGUUGAAGUAACGACGAAUAAACAAGUUCACAAGAUUUUACAAGAUCCAUUACAACAAAAUAAUUCAGUUAAACAAAUUUUAAAUGUUUCAAAAAUAAAAAGUUGUGUAAAUAUGCAACCAGCACCACAAUUAAUUCAUGUUAAAAAUAUUUCAUCUCAAGCGUCAUUUCAAUCAUUAUUGAAUGAACGAUGUCCAUCUACUCAAAUAACGCAAAGUUCAUUUGUGUAUUUAUUUCUAACAGUAUUACCAAAACAAAAUCAAACAAAUAGUCAAAUAAUACUUCCAAAUGCAACAACUUGUGCAAAUUUUUCACAAAAUUCGACAAUACAACUAUCACAACCAAGUGUAUUUCUAUUCAAUGAUCGAGUACUCACACAUGUACAAUCUCGUACAACUGUUUGUGGUUCAUAUGAUGUUCCAACGAUAGCAUCAGCGUCAAUGACCAAACAAACACAUAAAGAAAUUCAAAAUCAAGUGUUAAAGUCCAAAAGUAAAAGUGAAGGUUUAUCAUAUGAAAAUAGUAUUAUAAAAUUACGUCAAAUUGGUCGUUCAAGAACAAAUUGUUCAACGAGUGAAAUUCGUGAACAUCUUCGAAGUACACAUCGUUUAAGACAUCACAUUUUAUCAAAUGAAAAACAUUUGACAUUAAGUGAUAAAAUUAUGAAUCAUUAUGAAUUAUUUCGUAACGAAGAAAUGUUAUUGUUUGGAUAUUCGUUGUUAAGACAAUUUGAUAUUCAAAAUAUUGAUGAUGAAAUCGAAAAAGUUCGAGUGAUCAUGAAUAGAAUAAUUGAAUUAGAAAAUAUUCCAACAACAACAAGUCAAAGUGAAAUGGAUUUUCAAGCAAUAAACUCGUGCUGCAAAAAGUUUAAUUGUCCACAAGUUUUUUUUAAGAAUAAUAUUCCUUCGAAUGAUAUUGGAAUUUCAUUAAUAUCAACAAAAUCUGAAUUCGAUAAGGGAACAGUUAUAUUACCAGCUACUAAAACUACAAUGGACAUUAAUACAAGUGGUUUAGAAAAAAUUAUUCUUACAUUUAUUGCAGCAUUUGAUGUUAUUCAUGGUGAAUAUAACAAUGAUUGUAUGAGAAUUAUAAGUUUAUUUACAACAGGUGAAUUAAAAAACAUAUCCAAUGAUUAUUGUGAAUGGACAUCAACAUUAAAAUUACACAAUAAUGAAUAA